AGAGGACACACACACACACACACACACAGAGAGAGACAGCGCGAGAAGACAUAACUCAGUCCGGUCCGAGUCACUUCACCUGUACCACUCUCUCUCUCUGUCUGUGUGUCUCUCUCUCUCUCUGUCUCACAACUCUUGUCCCAACUUUUUGGACGUCUUGCUGUCUGUCCUCGCGUGGACGUGGAGCCUCUGCUUGUCCGCGUGUCUGUCUGCCCACAGACAUCAUGUCGGAGCUUUCAGUGAACGAACACCUCGAAGGGAUUUUAUCAGAUUUUGAAGCUCUGAAGAGAUCCUUUGAUACUGAAGAUGUGGACGACAUACCAUCCUCCUCGGCUUCCCCCAUCUCCACACCUGUUUCCCCUUCUUCCUCCCGUUUCUUCCUCAAUCACAACAAAGCCACUGAGGGGCAUGGAGGCGAGGGGCAGUUGUCUUCAUUAGCUUUCAGCAACAACAACAACAACAGCCUGGGCUCUACAGCACACCACUCCUACAUAAGUCUGAGUUCCAAUCCCAGUCCAGUACUGAAAUCCCGUGCAGUAGUCAGCAGCCUGUCCUUUAACAGAGGUACCACGAACAAGCCAGCCAUCCACCAAAAUGGCUCCUCUGUGGCCAGAGCGUCAUCCUUCAAGAGCAGGUUGAAUCCCAACAGUUACUCCAUGUUGUCUGGGCCUGGCAGUGACAAUGACAGCCUCCACAGCUCCACAUCCAGCCUGGAGUACUCUGGGGGUGCACUACCUCCUAAAAGGCUUGGGUCAUAUUCCAGUCCACCAUUUCAGGCAGAGUACCAGCAAACCCAGCCCCAACUCACACAGCAUCCAGGGGGAGAUGGCAACAUAAUAUUUGACCACAACCUGAAGAAGUUUUCUUCCCAUGGGAGUGUUUUUCACACUGAGAUGGACCCAGGGUCAGGGACGAUGUUCGGUAUUCCACAACCUCAGGGGAUGAACCAUGGGUCUAUGCACAUCCUAGACCUCCAAAUUCGUGAUGGAGGAGGAGGAGGAAUAUUGGGAAUGAAAAGAGGAGGAGGCAGGGUAUCUCCAGGUUUGAGGUAUGCCAAUGCUAAUGCAAACUGGAAUGGUCAUCUUCAUAAUCACAAUCCCUUUCCGGGGGAAGCCUACCAGCAGCAGAGCCAGCAGCAGAGCCAGCAGCAAUGCCCCAAGGUCCUCAAGUCUCCCCAACUUAAGGUUAAGGAAACCCCACGUCUCAACAAGUUUCCUCUGGAUCUGGACAGCUUAGUAAGCAGCCCAGCAACAAGAUCUUCUCCCAAGCACCAAGGAGUGUCCAUGAAGCCCACCCCUCCUGUGCCUCCUCCAAGGAGCACAAGUGGUUUCCAGCACCACACCAGCCCAACACCCACUUCAGCCAGUCCAUCAGCCUCUCUCUGCAGCCUGGACAGUUCUUCUGACACCCUCCCACUUUCCCACCACAGUCCUAUUCUGCCUCUCUCCCCAUGUUCUCCAACACCUUCACAAAGAUCAAUCCCUAUCCCAGACAUGGGCUGCUCUCCUGUGCACCUCACUCAAAUCCACAGUCCUCGCGUGGAGAUUCACCCAAGGGCCCAAACUGUCCAGAUGGUUCCCAGACUGCUUAGCCCAAACACCUCCUCAAGGCCCUCGAACUCCAGAGCUUUGGAGGAUGGAGCAGGUGAUGCCAAAGACAGUGUUGGUUCAAUCUUACAGAGGAUUGCCUCGUUCUCUCGAGCUGUUGAUGCCGACGCCACAGACGCAGCUGUGACCCAGAGUAAUGGUCAGUGGUCAUCUGCAGUUGGGCGUCCUGCUAUGACCAUACCCAUGGCCUCAAGGAAACAAGGCAAGAGUCUUGAAGAAACAGCUGCAGAGCCGGAGACUGAGCCCCUCGCCCUGAUGGAGGAGAGAGAGGAGGAGGAGGAGAAGAGGAGCAUCAUGGGACAAGAGCCAAAAGACGAGGGCAAGAGCGGAGAGCAGCCAGUCGGCACCAACGCCCAGAAUUCCACGGCUGAAAGAGAGGAGAAUGGUGUGGAUGUGUGUGUGGUGGUCCAGGAGGAGAAGGAGGAGGAGAAGGAGAAGGAAGUGGAAAAUGGAGAGAUGAAGAAAGAAGAGCAGAUGAAGGUGGAGCUGGAGGCAGAGUUUUAUCAGUGUGUGCCAGGUCAGAAGAUGAGCUUCAUCCGAGGCAACGACCUGUUCGGCUACGUGGGCAUCGAGGCAGUACUGGAGCAGAUGAAGAGGAAGACGAUGAAGGCUGGCUUUGAGUUCAACAUCAUGGUGGUCGGUCAGAGCGGUUUGGGGAAGUCCACACUCAUCAACACUCUGUUCAAGUCCAAAGUCAGCCGGAGGUCUUGCAUGCCCAACCACACUGAGGAGAUCUCCAAGACCGUGAAGCUGCACUCAGUCAGCCACGUGAUCGAGGAGAACGGUGUGAAAAUGAAGCUGACAGUGAUUGACACGCCGGGAUUCGGAGACCAGAUCAAUAAUGAAAACUGCUGGGAGCCCAUAGUGAAGUAUGUCAACGAGCAGUAUGAGAAAUAUCUCAGAGAGGAGCUGCAUGUGAACCGUAAGAGGAGAAUACCAGACAGCAGAGUCCACUGCUGUGUCUACUUCCUUCCUGCCACUGGACACAGGUUACGUCCCAUAGAUGUUGAGUUCAUGAAGAGAUUGGGGAAGAUAGUGAGCAUUGUGCCCGUCAUUGCCAAAGCCGACACACUCACCAUCGAGGAGAGACAGGAGUUCAAAGAGAGGAUAAGGCAAGACCUGGCUGCCAAUGGGAUUCAAGUUUACCCUCAGAAAGAGUAUGAUGAAGAUCCAGAGGAGCACAUCAUCAAUAACCGGAUCAGGGAGAGCAUUCCCUUUGCUGUGGUGGGAACUGACAAGGAGCACCAGGUGAAUGGAAACAAGGUGCUGGGCCGAAAAACAAAGUGGGGAAUCAUUGAAGUUGAAAAUGUGGCCCACUGUGAGUUUGCCAACCUCAGAGAUCUUCUCAUCAGGACUCACCUGCAGGACCUGAAAGAUGUGACCCACAACAUCCACUACGAGACGUACCGCAUACGACGGCUCAGCGAGAGCAGCGAGACCUUCACUGAACUGGGACUGUUCACCUGGCCGCUGGACAAAUGUGAAUCAGACAGCCAGCUGUGACCUGUCUGUCCACACGGAUGACUCAUGAUGACUGAGGAGGAAAAACAUAAAACAUUUUAUUUUUUAUCAUCAUGGGACCAACUAGUGGAUUUUGUUUUUUAAAUGUAGACGUUCUAUUUGAGUUUUACACAACAGAUCAUUGUACCAGAUAUGAACAUAUUCCUAUCUAUUUUCUGGAAUGAUGGUGACAUUUUGGGGGCGAGGGAGUCCAGGCAGCAAGUGUGGUUGUAUGAGGAUCUAACACACUGACUGUGCCCCCUGCUUCAUUAGGGACAGGUUUUAUUGGGUGAGCCUUUAUUCAAGUGACUAAAAUCUGAUUUUCUAGGCACAGUGCAGUCAGCUGACUGAUGUGUCAGUACCUCAUACAACCAGAACAUAAUUGUAACAAACAUUAGACAGUGGAAUAUGCUUCGGUUAAAUUGUUUUAAAGGGGUUUCAAAAGAAAACCCCGUCAUGUUCUCGAUGCAGGAGGAAAAGGCUUGAACCCACAAAGCAGCGUACAAAUCAUUCACAUCAUGUUGAACCCCUCCAAAAUAAAAGCAUGCUUCCGGCUGCUGUGCCGAGAACAGAGAGAACGUUCUGGAAGAAUCAAGUGAAGCCACACACUGUGGAUGCUGUGCAGCUGGUUUGAGUUAAUGUGUUAAUGAUAUCACUGACUUUAGAGGAUAUAAACUAACAGACGUAGACUGUAGGACUGUGGAGGAUCCCACGUAUUGUACCGUUCAUCCUGCUGAUUUCUUCUCUUUGGUUCAGGUCUCCAUGUGCACACGUGCAUGGAUGUAACUGCAGAUGCUGCAUUUUACGCCCACGCUUGUUUGAAUAAAAACUUGUAGUCCCCAAUAAAGUGCCAAAACAACAGAGGAAUUAUUGAAGUGGUUACACUCGUACUCCUUUAAUACGUUAUACACAUAGAAAUGUUUUGAAGUUACACAGAAUAAAACACACGGUCUGAAAACA